GUUGACUAUAUUAGAGGAAAUCUGUGGUAUAAUGAAAAAUGUUUUGCGAACAGAGAAGGUUUUGAAGUUGAUUAUGUUACUAUCACUUUCAACAGAAACAGGACCCUCAGUGAGUCCAGCUCUUGUUUUUUCAGUAAAGAACCAUUUCUUCAAUGGUUACCUUGUGUAUUUUCUACUAAUAAAAAUGAAAAAUCCAUUCCACGUGUGAUAACAUUCCUUAUUGACCAAGAAACAGACAGUGGAAUUUAUCUUUUCUAUGUGCAAGAUACCAAAGAGACCUAUGUCACUGUAUCUAUGCUCAAGGAUGGGAAACCAAGCCCUCGACCAAAAUUUCCUAGUUUUCAAUUUCCUUCCACAUUCACUCUUCCACUUGGAAUGAUAUUCCAUCCCCGCAGCCACUUUCUGUAUGUUUAUGGCAGUCAAAUAUGGGUCUCAAUGGAUGGUGGCAAUACUUUUGAAAUGCUGUGUAACUUAUUCUCACACCAUGUAACAAAGACUUCUCAUAGCUUUUAUACCUCAGAUAUUGUUUUUAUUGUAGAAGAUGGAAGGAUUUUGACGACCAAGGCAGGCUUAACUACAUAUAGUGAACUGGGGAUAUUAAAGGAUGCCAUUUUCACAUUGUACUAUGAUCAAUUGGGAUACAUACACAAACUGACACCAGAAAACUUUGACGCUGGUUCAAAACUUUUAGGGUAUGGAAAUUCUGGCAGUAUUUUUGGAAAGAGGCCUGAUUUGGGAUUUGAAGCUAUACUAGUUCCACAAUAUAUCUCUACCAAGGAAAUGUUUUUCUUUGCACAUGUACCUCUGACUAUGCCUACCAACAUACAGUGGCAAAAGAGAUUUAAAACUAUUCACCUGGGGAAAACAAUAGAGUUCAG